GACUUACCGCCAGUAUCGGAUUAGAUCGCAAGCUGUGAACAUCAUAUCAAAAAGUAAAGGCACGAUCGUCAAAGUGUAUAGAAGUGCUCUUUACUCUUUCAUAAAAACUUCGAUAAUAUCGUACGAGUAGAAACGAAAAUACGUUUAUUUUAUAAAUUCUAAUGCUUGGUUUUAUAUUUUUAAAUAUUCAAGAUUUAAAAUAUAAGUUUUAAUGUUUUUGUAAACAGUUUUAUUAAAAAUAAAAGAAUAUUAUUAAAAUGUAUUCAUAACGUUUAUUGUUUUUGUUUAAAGUUGUGCAAUCUUAAAUUGAAAAGAAAAAGCAGUUCAGUUUUCAAAUAAGAAAAAGAAGUGAUUUAUACACACAAAAAAAAAUAUUAAGAAGGUUAUUUAGAUCUUCCCAAAAUGUGUGGUAUCCGUAGUACGAGCAUUUGGCCAAACUUGUGCGUCAUAAUCGUUGCUAUAUUUAUGCUCUUCGAUGAAAUUCAAACCUCUCAAGGAUUACAAUGUCAACGGAUAUCUGUACCGGCAUGUCAAGGUCUGGGAUACAAUAUGACAGCAAUGCCUAAUUUAGCUGGGCACACUAACCAGCUGGAUGCUGAAAUAAGGAUAACAAAGUUAAUGCCAAUAUUGGAGGCAGGCUGCUCAAAUCGAGCGAGAUUUCUUUUGUGCUCGUCGCUAUUUCCGUUGUGCACACCGGAUGUUCCGAGACCGGUGACUGCAUGCAAGUCGCUUUGUGAAACUGUCAAAACGGAGUGUGCCGAUCAGGUCCAGUUGACCCUGAUAUGGCCAGAAUUCCUCAAUUGCGAUACACUGCCACAGCCUGAGAAACAUGAGCUAUGUAUGCAGAUACCAGAGGAAGCUACUGAAAAACAACUCCUGCCCGAAAGACCUUUGCUGCCUGAACAAGAGCAGAUAUUCUGGCCAUGGUUGCCGUGGAAAAUUCCUCCCCAUCAUGUGCCGAAGUCAGUGUCAACUUUGAUUUGUCCUCAAAACUUCACCGCUCUCCAGACUGACUGCACUCCACAAUGCAACAAGGAUGCAAUGUACAAUACUCAGCAGAAGAAAAUCACUGAAGGACUUAUAUUGGCUCUUUCGGCUGUUUGUUUCAUCCUGACACUCUUUUCUUUGGUUACUUUCUGGGCUGAACCGACUCGCUUUGGAUAUCCGGAGAGACCAGUGCUCUUUCUCUGUCUCUGCUAUAACCUAUACAGUGUUUGUUACUUAGAACGGAUCGUUUUUCACAACUCCACAAAGAUGCUGGCUUCUGGAGCUAUGCUCACUGAUGAAAUCGGAGGCGCGUGUGCCCUGACUCCACCAUGUUUGGCAUCCUACAUAACAACCAGCUACUUAACGCUCUGUGCUGCUACCUGGUGGCUCAUUUUUGCCCUCUGUUUUUAUCUGUCAUCGCACAAAAAAUGGUCAAGUGAAGCUUUGGAAAAGAAGUCGGGACUCUUUCACGUUUUGGCUUGGGUUCCUCCGUUAGCACCUCCCAUCACUGCCCUCCUUCGGGAUGCCGUCAAACCACAUGAGCUUACUGGAAUGUGCUCUGCACCAGGAUUUGUUGAGAUUCCGGCCUUAGUUCUACUUAUUCUUGGAUUAUUUUUCACACAGCGAGCAUCGUGCUCUUUGAAAACUCUCCAAGAACAAAUUCAGCCAACGAUUGGUCUGCAGAGAUUUUCACAAAUUCGGAAACGGUUCCUUAUCUUCAGUUUGGUGUUCUUCUUCCCAACGGUUCUUGCGGUGCUGGCUGCAUUCUUCGAACGCUUUGACUUCAAUGUCCCAGCAUGUGUAUCAGCCGAGUCAUGUCCUGCACCGGAGAAGACAACAUCCCUGCCCACACUGCUGCGAAUAUUCUUCCAACUCACCGGUGGCACCCUGACUGGAAUGUGGGUUUGGUCACGUAAAACAUGUGAAUCAUAUCGAAAUCGUAUCAUUGCAACACCAACGCCAUCUACUUCGAUCAAAUCUGUGUCAUCGUUGCAAAAGAAGGCAUUUUCACCGACCUAUGCUGGUUCGAAUGCCAAAGCUUUUGGACCUCUUUACAGCGGAAUCAAUUUUCACAAUGUACCAAUGUACAAUGGACAGUCUAGAGUGUAGCCUUUUGGCAGUGAGGGUGAAGUUUUGAACUUACGGCUCGAAUGGUUAUAAAAUAAUAAAAUUGGUUAUAAGACUUGUUUUUUUUAGAUUAAAUGUAAAUAUGUGUAGAUUUUUAUAGAUAUCUGAUUUUACUGUUGUACAUUUUUUUAUAUGUAAAAUUAAAAUAAGUUUGACUAAACAUCGAAGCUUUUAAGGCAAAGAUGAAUAAAUUUAAGAAAAAAAUGUGUUAAUAGCUUUAAACAAAAUAUUUAUUCCAAUUGUAUAUAAAAUUAAAAUCAAUUUAAAAUACAUAACUGUGUUAUGUUUAUAUGAGCCGUGUCUUUCUUUCGUACUCAUAAAAUAAAAGAACACUAAAAGACGCCAUUUCCGCUUACUCGUGUAAAUCUAAAUAUUAUAAUGACAGUUAUAAUUGCUUAAGUUCUCUUGCUGUCAAAUUGUUUUUAAGCGGAUUCGUAAAAAUACGGCUUUUUAGUAUUAUAAUAUAAGCGAAUAAAAUAAGGAAAUAUUAAAAAUA